UACCCAAAUAGAGGACUUCGAUAAGACAUUUUGGCAUAUAAAAGAGCGCAUUUUACUAUCCAUGUUAUGAUAAAAUGUCGAUGGCGUUUUCUUCGGUGCGUCCCAGGAGUAAAGCAGAGUUGACGCAGCAAGCGAUCCAGAAGAUGCUGGAUGAAAACCAUCAUUUGAUACAAUGUAUCAUGGAUUACCAAAGUAAAGGCAAGGUGGCUGAAUGCACACAAUAUCAACAGAUUUUGCACAGAAAUCUGGUUUACCUGGCGACAAUAGCAGAUUCCAAUCAGAAUAUGCAGUCCUUACUACCUGCUCCUCCCACUUCAAAUAUGUCCAUGGGCCCUGCAGGAAUGAGUGGGGGACAUGCACACGGCAAUCUUAAUGACAACACAGGACAAUCAGCAAUGAUGCAGGGUCAAAUGAGCAAUGUCUCACUGCUACAUCAACAAACUACAACGCCACGUUACUCCUCAGCCCAGCCUGGAAGCCAACAGUAUCAGGGCAUGAUGGUUCAAGACAAUCAAGGAAGCAGUAUGUCCCAGAGGUCCAUGGGAUCUUACCGCUCUUCACAACAAGGAUCUGCACAGCAGUACUUGGGACAGAACGAAUUCUACGGAGAGCAGUAUGGACACACUCAGAGCUCCAGCGAGCCCAUAAACCAGCAGUAUUACCCUAAUGGUCAUGGUGAAUACUCGUAUCAGCAGCCAUCAUACAGUGAGCAGAGCUACGAGAGAUCCUUGGAUGAGUCUUCACAGCACUACUACGAAGGAGGAAACCCGCAGUUCAGUCAGCAGCAGUCUAAAUAUCAGCAGGCUUCUGCUCAGCAGCCUUUCAGCCAGCAGCAGUACUCUUCUCAGCAAGGCUAUAGUGGGCAGCCACAGGGAUACGGACCUGGCCAGGGUGGAUCCUCAGAGUAUUCUCAAUAUCAACAAUGUCAAAGCCAACAGUACGGGUCUUACCGCUCUUCCCAAGGAGGACUAGGAUCACAGGCGCAGAGGCCCUUUAACUAUGAACAGCAGAGGGGAGGAGCUCCUCUCCCUCUGGAUGAGAGCUAGACUUGAUGUCCAAAUCAGUACAUCCAGCUCGCCUUGACGUCAUCUUGUAGCAACUGCCAAACCCUGCGAAAAAGAGGCAUCCAAAACCGUGUGCAAGAUAAUGCCUAUAUUGCAUGAACUUUCUGAUUUAAUGCUUCGACAUUGUUUAACACAAGUACCGGUAUUCAAUUUUGUAACAACAUGCAUCAGUCAGAAAAUACUAAUUUAAUCGUAGGUCUCAUUUAAGUACAUGGGAGAAUAGGGCCCAUCAAGUAUAACCACAUACUGUAGCAUUCAAUACAGACUGGAUGACCAUGUUGACUCAGAGUAAGUGGGACAGUAUCUAAACUCAUCUUCGUUGAAAUUUUUCAUAUUACAGGGUCAGUACGGAAGUUAUCAACAAUAAGGUACACUUUGGUUUCCUGAUCGAUGGAUGGAAGUAAGAAGGCAGCUCCAGUCGGAGUUUGGUUGAAAAGUGACAUCUGAUACAUUUCAUUAAAAACGUUUAAUUAUUUUUCAUAAUUUUAUUUUGUGUUGUUGUUUUAUGUACUGUAUGUGACAAAAAACAGUACUGUUUUCUCCCAACAGGUUUUCUGUGCUAAUCGGUUCUAGCAACUAGUGGAACCUUUCUAUUUGGGUUUCUUAAAAUAAAUGUGUUUUUGUUUUACUGUUUAUCCAUCCGGGACGAUGCAGUGCACAUUAUUGCAUAUAUUUAACACAGGCAAUGCCAUAAUAUCAUGUGUACAAGUGUUGUAUAUAAGGUUUGUAGCCAAUCGACUAAUUAGCAUGUUUUCAGGUCACUUUGUGUUUUUUAUUUCGUUUAGCAAAUCAUUCCAAAACUUAGGCCAUAUCCUUAAAAAAUGACUGGCCAAAUUUAAAUAAUUUAGUAAACAGAAUUUAAUUUAUUAGACACUAUAAGCAAUUUGUUUCAUUGUUGCUUUUUCUGCUCUGUAAUUGCCUUUGUACUUGCCUUUACCUUUUACCACUGCAUUUAUUGUGUUUCUUUAGGAAUAAUUUUUAUUUUCUUCUAAAGAGUCUUUAAAAAAAAGGGACGUCAGCAGUAAAAUGUAUUUCUCACUGAUAAAACUGAUUGAAAAAGCAAGCUUUGUGUUUACUUUGUUGGAUACAUUAUUGUUUAACAUCACAAAAAGGUAAAUUCGGGUUCUAUUGACUAUCAAGUGUUCUCAAGGUCCUAAAACCUGACUGAGGUUUGUAUGUGUUUGUCAAACUCUGAUAUGGUUAUGUGUUGUCACUAUCCAAUUGUCAUGGGCCACAACAUUAGGUACACUUGCAGACUGCAGGUGUUUCUAAUUCACAACUCCUCCAACACGAACAUUAUUGUUUUUGCACUUUUUGGCUUCUUAUUAAAUAACUUUUGUAACCUAUUUUCAUGGGCUUUCCUCUUUGUGAUGUUAAGUUCCUGUUAUGCGCUGUUAUACAGUAUAUGCCUUGAGCUCUUAUUUUGAAGGCGGUAAGUGCGGAAGUGAUGACACGGAGUGGAGCAGAGGUUUUUGAAAGAAGGUAAAUAAAGUGGUCCUCGUGUAAACUGGAGCCUCCGUGUUUGUUAUUUUGUAGUUUCAUACAGUAUAGGCGACAUUUAUAAACCCUCGGUUACACUUUUUUA